GUGAAUAAUCAAAUUGGUUCUGAUGAAAUCAGUCACCUCUGUCCCCGAAACAAACUUUCAAGGCAUCGGGCGUGACAUGGCAGAGCGUCUGGGUUUAGGUCCCGAGAUUCGGGAACUUAAACUUGGACAAAGCUUUACCAACAACAGAUCUACAGCCUUUCACACCUUAAAAUAUGAUUUCAAGCCUGCUAGUGUUGAUGUUUCUAAAGUAGCGAGGGUUGAUGUUGGAGCUAACAACACGAUGACAGUUACUGUGCCACAUUUAGAUGGUGCCGGAAUACCUCACACAGUGUUUAAAGGUUCUCAGAGACCUUAUCACAAAGAAUGUGUUCUUAUAAUAGAUAGAGUUACAGGAGAGAUUACUUUGGAGAAAUUGACAGCGAACAUACUAGUUAAGAAAACUAGAACAGAACCAAAGUUGCAGUCACAUUUAGGAAUUCCUGGAGGAAAUAAUAGCAGUAGACCGAUAACUCCAGUUGAAGCUAAGAGGAGUCCCACGCAUGGCAGGGCAACUGGGAGAACAAAAGUUACAAGUGGAAAGAAAAGAGAACCGAGCGUUCAGUUACAUCCAAAGCAGUUCAGUCCUCUUAGAGUUUCUCCGUAUCAUGGCAAGAGCCCACCAUCCACUUCAACUAAUAGUUCACCAGUGCAACUAUCUGCCGCACCACCUUUGGCUAGUUUGCCAAUGAUUGGUUCCGAGAUCGAUGACUGUCCUUUGAUGGCACCUGGAUCAUUCCCCCCAAUGAAUUCUUCUGCACCUCCAAGACCCUCUCCUGCUGUGAAUACUCAACCAACCACAAAACCUCCUGUACACGUAGACAGUGAUGAAGGAGCUCUAAGUGAUUCUACUACAAGUAGCUCAAGUUCAGAUAGUUCGGAUAGUGAUUCUGAAACUGAAAAUGUUCCCGUGAUACCAGGAACUAAUGGACAUACGAAUAGUACAGCUUCCUCUCCUACACGACUGAUGUCAGAUAAUCUUUUAAACGACGAUUUGCAGCUAUCGGAAUCAGAAUCUGACAGCGAUUAAUGAUAUAUCGGAAGAUCUUUCAAGAUCGUUAUGGUCAAAAUAUUGUUUUUCCAGCAUAUCGUUUGCUAUGGUCUAUUAAAAAAUACAUGAAGAUAAAAUAGAGGAAUUGUUAAUUUUGUUGUACAUCACAGAUGAAACUGCGAUAAGGAAAUACGAAAGGAUGCCUCCACACAUUCUACAUGUACUGCAGUAAUUUUUUCUGUGCGCAAGCGCAUAGCAAACGUUUGCUUUUUCCAACAGUUAAACAUAUGGAAAAAGUAACGAAUACGAAUGGUAAUAUAGUGUAUGUACAUUUAUGUAUAAGGUAUUAGGGAUUGUACAAUUAUUAUUGACUAAUAUUUAGUGUAAUUACAUAUGAUCUUUACUUUCUUAUAUACUUUAAAGGUAGAAAUCUUGCCGAAACCAUUUAUGUACUUCUUAGGAAAGUGGCAAAAGUUUUCAAUCGUUUAAUGUUGAAUUUGAUUUUUGUGUUGUUCAAAAUGCUUCUGAUAUCUGGAUGUCAUAAUACCGUAGUACGUCCGUUUGGUUGUACACGAACGGUCUCGUCUCAGAAUGCAAAAUGUCAUAUACGAUGUGUGCACAAAAACGAUCAAACGACUGUAUUACUUAAAAAAUAUUUAUUUAAAUGAAAUUGUAUAAAUUUAAUAAAGUAUUCAUUAUAAUACGGAUUGUAUUAUAUACAUGCAGGAUAUUUAAUAACAAAUUUUACAUCGAUUAUAUAUAAAUAGUCCACUAGUAACUUCACCUGGAGUUACUUACGUUUUUGUACUAUAUAAAUUAUAAUGUUAUUCUUCAACCUGACAAUAGUUCUUAAUCUUCAUGCAAAUUAACAGUUUUACAUAUACAACUAAUGUCAUUUAUAACGAUCUAUGUUAGUGUCAUCGGUAAAUAUUAUUCAUUUUAAUAAAUUGUUUUUGUAAAUUUGGUAAUCUAAUACCAGUCUAGCGAGCUGGCUACGCCGACCCAAAUGGAAAUUGCUUGAUCGGUUGCAAAGCUUAUACACGUUGUUGUUGUAGGCGCUACUGCAUUCGGUAUCUUUAUAUUUUACUUUUAGCGUUGGUUCUAUUGCCCGUAAUAUAUGUACAUUACUAAAAGAAACAAACAUUUCAAAGAGAGACGUGACAGGUAGAUCCUGUGAUAGUUUUAAGAGUGGCAGAAUGUCCCUAUCGAAGUGUGUUAUUGGAAUGCUAGUCUCGACCGCUCUUCGCACUGAAACAUUAGAACGUGUUGUUAACGUGAUGUACGACAAAGAAGCCUCUUAAGUAAUUACAUUGACGCCAAAAUAAUUCGUUGCUCUAAGAGGAAAGUCAAUGUAGCCUGUGAUGUCUGCGACAGUCAAAGAAGUGACCUUAAUCUCCUCCUUGACUAUCAGUGUAGUAAAUAGUAUAAAAAAUAUGUUUUCGAAACACUUACUUGUAUUGUAAUCUUUGACGUAAAAAGCAAUAUUAUUAUAAUUAUAGUUAUCGUAUCUCCCGUGAUUACGAUUGAUGUCUGUGUCAACAUGUUUUGCAUCGUUUAUGUGAGCUAUGUCAGGGUGAAAUUCCACAAAUGGAAUUGGGCUGAAUAUCUGAUACUGACUGAUGGUAUUCAUACGAAUCUAAACAUUUGCAGACUAGUAGUUAGUUUCAAAUGUGGAGAAAGAAUUAAAAUAAGUAAUAUACCUACUCUAUUCAAAUAAUCCAAUCGUAAUUGUAUUCCCGUCUCAACAAAUAGUAUUAAACUUUCUGGUGAAAAUUUACGAAUGCACAGAUCUGUGACAGCGAUAUUUAACAUCGGAUCUAAUUCGAUGGACGUUACAUUACUUGGUAAACGGAUAGAAAGCCAAGUGAUCUUCGAAAGAUUUUUUUUAUACUUGUCAGCUAAUGUUAACGCGUACUGUUUAAUGUCGUGAAACACGUCCCCUUUACCUUUCGAAGUGGAACCAAAAUUGUAUAAAAGAGCCUACAGAAAAAUCAAGGUUGUCAAUGAAUUGGAAAAGUUAGCUAUGAAAAUUUUCACGAUAAAAGAAAAACAAUUCAAGAAGUACCAACCAUCAUUAGGAAAGUUUUAUAUUUCUUCUCCAUGCAAUCUAUGGCAUACUGUUCCAAAAAGUUCAAUGCAGCCUGCUUCUUUGAUGAAUCGACAAUCAAUACUACGUUUACCCUUGUAUUUUCUGUUACGUAUGGAACAGGUAGAAUUUCAACUUUACCAAGAGGCUUGCACACUUCGAUUCUUUUCCUUAUUUCUUUGCCAGUGACAGUGUCGGUAAACGCUAAGUCUAAUAUAUAAUCCAUUCCACGCGAUGCAUCAAAUUUUUGGUACCCGUUUAGUAAUUUUUUGAAUUUUAAUUUUUGCUGAGAGCUACUAAUGAUGUUAGAGGCUGUUACAUUAAUUAUUCGAUCAAUGUCGAACUUUGCAUCAACCUUUAGUUCCUGUACAGUUAAGAAGUCGGUACUGAAAAAUGUAUGGGUUUCAUUAAAAUAUGUCCACCGUAAGAUAUCGAAACGUCCGGAUGCUUUGUUUCCUGGUUGAUUACCAACCGGCCAGGAAAUAUUGUGUUCUUGGGGUGGACCUAAGUACGCCGUUGUUUUAAUUGAUUUCCUGAUGUCGGAUAUUUGUCUUUGAAUUUCAAUAGACUUCAUCUGAAAGCAGUACGAUAAAUGACAAUUAUUAAAUGUAAAUUGAUUCCAUGAAAAAAUUGUGUCUGUUUAAUAAUCUUACUGCUGCAAAAUAAGUGUUGAAUUUGUAAAUAAGGAGGUGAUCGUAUAUCGGGUAUAUCACGAACGAAUUUAGAAACUCUUCGUUUCUAGCUAAUUCCUUAAAAUGUUUCUCAAAUAAGAACGUGGGUUUCAACUUGGUGAAUUGGUACUGUUGCCCUUGUGUAUGAUUGGAACAAGGCGUUGAUGACGAAUGAACGAUACAUCGACCAAAAUUAACGUCGUCCGAAUCGGAAUAAGCAUUCUUUACACACCAGUCUAAAUUGUUCUUCAAUUCUUGUAUUACCGAAUUGCUCAAA